AUGAAUAUUUGAUGCUCAAUUUCUAGCGGUGUGAAAUGUACUAGGAAAAAAUAUCAACAAUCAAACAACGUUUUCCACACCCAUCAAUUAGGGGAGUUUCGGACAGUAUCCGUUUGACAACGAGAAGUCUAGCUUCUAGGAGAUGCGAACUCCGAAGUUCAAGGGCCAGGGGGAGACCAACACCUGCUACAAUAGCACACCCCAGGAAUAGCAAUCCUAGAAUGAUUAGCCAACGCUUACCAAGUCCAUUUCCUGGAAUAUUAUUGAAAAUCAAACUGAAAAAAUUCUUUAGGAGACUACAAAUUCACAGUAAAUGUCAGGCGUAUUACUCACCAUUUUCACGAGAGCUGAGUUUUUCUUUUCCCGAUGACGAAACCAGGCCAUCUUUCACUCGCCGUGUCGCAUCGCCGUUUGGUAUCUUGCAAAUAAGCUCGGGAGAGGAUAAUUGAAGACAAGUCUAGAAGAGUAAAAUCUAUCAAGCAGCUAACUACUGAAAAUAAAUGACUGCACAGAAAAAACCUAGACCCCUCAUCGUCAAAUAUCGUGAAUUACAGAACAAAUCAUAUGAAAAUAAGGACUCAAUCAAGGAAAUUAGACAACGUUUAUUACCUCAAGAAUAUCUACUUCUUUUCCCCUGGGAUGUGAAGAAUGGUAACCCAUGCCAUCAGUCCUUGGUCCUUCAUAAAGUUGAAACAUUAUUUUUCACCGUUUAAUCUAUUUUCAUACCAUCCAGGUAUGUAGAUUAUUUGUUGUCGCCGACACGGGACUGAAAUUUCGGCUGCUGCUUGUCAGCUGACAACUGUCAAAUGCGGCUGCGUGAAUCGCGCCAACCCCGAUUAUCGACCUUCUUUUUACAUUCCAAAAAAUUUAUGAAUAAGUCUGGUCUCGUUGUUGGCUGAAGAUACAAACUCUUUUCGUAUUCGACCGCCUCAUACAAUUCUGGGGACUUAUACCAGGGGGCAAUAGGAAAGUCCAAUUAAAUUCUCUUACAAUUUAAUGCAGACGACGAGAUAGCCGGCUCUACGUGUUCAAGUGUAUUUUAUAUCCACACUCUGAAAAAUGAUGGCUGCAAAGAGAAAACUUACUGAAAUACCAGUAGAUGCUGUGGUAAUAAGUCCCGAAGAAGCGUUAAAAUAUCAAACAGAUCUCAUCCGUGAGUGGCCUAAUUUGGGGGAGGUAUCAGCAUUGCGCUUUGGAGUUGUUAUACUUUCAGGUAUUGCCGCUGCUUCCGGGUCAUAUCUGAAUACUCACUUCCGCAGAAAACUUAAGCUUGGCAAAAUUGGUUUUGCGAGUACCUACUUACCUAUUGUAGCUUUGCCGGCAAUGGCUGCAGCUGGCAUUCACAAAUUGAAAAUUUCUCACAAAGUGCUUCUCGAGGACUUUGAUUGCCCGUUAUGUUUGCAAGCUCAGGCUGCAAUAGCCCAAGUUUUUUGUGGUUUUGUUUAUCCCACUGUAUUAGGUGCACUUGGAACCUUCAUGUACGCGACUCGUGCCGCAACCUACAGGCUACCCGAUGUGUUCCAUGGUCUACAAGGGCCGGUUCAGGUGGUGACAAGACUUUGCAAACCUAUAAGAACACAGCUGACAAUUCUACUCAUUGGUCAGGCACUCUCAGCUGCAUGGAUCACAGACAGGGAGAUCAAGUCUUAUUGUCAUGUAAAGGCAUAUAUGGCAAAGGUUGAAGAAGAAUAUGAUAGAGAGUAUGAUCAAGGAGAUUCUGAAGAAAGAUUCCUAUCGUUCAAAGAUUGAAAAUUUUACUUGCAGAUUCUACAAAGGCUAUUUCUAAAAGGUAAGAGCAAAUAUUGCAUAUCGACCUAUAGAGAAUACGACAGAGAUUUUGAAAAAUGCUGAUGAAAAAAAACUUGAUAGAGAAAAAAAAGAAAAAAAAAAUAAAUAAAAUAAAAAAACAAUUAGCCCAUGUAAGUAAAUCUCUUAUUGUACAGAAGUCCGAUUAGGGAGGACUAUACGGUAUCAUAAGUGGCAGACUAUGUAUGCUAAAGCAGACAAAGUAUAACAGGCACCAUUUCAAACAGUGAAAAGCUGUUCGCAAUAACUGCAGCUUCUGGUGUCAUUUACGUUUACGAACACCAUGAUCAUAGGUAUCGUGUGACUGGUAAUGAAAAUCACUGAGAGGUUGUACGUGAUGCUGAGAUUGGAGCUGAGGUUGAGGCUGAGAUUGGGGUAACUGGAAGAGAGGAGCGGGACUGUUCCACCAAAAUGGUGGAUAAUUCCGGACGGGAAUUAAUACGGGAGGAACUUGUGACUGUGGAAGAGGAUGAAUGGAGGAAGGAUGGUUGUUGGGUUGUACCAUAACUAAUGUGUGCUGAGGAAUCGUUGUCCGAUUGUAUUGGGUUUGCUGCGAGUAACCGCGUUGAGUGUUGGUGCGGUGAUAACCUGGAUCAGAAUUCUGAUACUCAUAAUCCAUGGUGUAACCACUCCCCUGAAACCACCUUUGCGCAGGAGGGAGUCAAUGGUUUGUAUUUGGUCCCAGCCUGUAAUUUAGGUAACACAGUUUAGCUCGAUCACAUGGUAGCUUGCUGAAACUCAUUUGAUUUAAAAAUAUCUCGGCCUACCUUGUUCAGUUGCUACUUCGGGCAAGUAAGUGGCAGUGCGUUUGUUGCCAUUUUCAUUACGGAAUUCUAUUCGAAUUCCAUGAACUCCGACCUCCCAAUCCAAAUAAUUUGCGCCAUCUUCAAAGUGACGAAGAAUCGAGACGCUGACGUGGAGCCGAGGGAGUUCGUCUCGGCUUAUUGGAUUAAAACGAGAAUCCUUGAAAGCACUAGAACCAGUUACCUUGUGGCGGCAUAUUCACGGAGACCUGCGUGGAGAUGCAUCGCGUUGAACGUACCAAUGCAGCCCCUCAAUCGUUUGUCCUUUCCGAUAGCCCAAGUCACAAAUAAUGGGCUGCAAGUGGUCUGAGUUAGUUAUUCAAUUAUUAGCUGCUUCAUACAGGCCUUCAUCUAUCAUUGUAGAACAUCAAUAUAACGGGCCUUUUUA